CGUGGAGCAGCAUGGGGAGCCAACGGGCCUGCGGCCGGCCAGGUGUGAAGAAAAACAAUGACACUCCAAUGGACGGCAGUUGCAACCUUUCUUUAUGCUGAAAUUGGACUCAUUUUAAUCUUCUGUUUACCUUUUAUUCCUCCUCAGAGAUGGCAGAAGAUUUUUUCAUUUAGUUUCUGGAGCAAAAUUGCAACUUUUUGGAACAAGGCUUUCCUUACCAUUAUAGUCCUAUUGAUUGUUCUAUUUCUAGAUGCUGUGAGAGAAGUAAGGAAGUAUUCUGCCACUCAUAUCCUUGAAAAGAGCUCAAGCCCCAGACCUGAUGCCUAUGAACAUACACAGAUGAAACUUUUUAGGUCUCAAAGAAAUCUUUACAUUUCUGGAUUUUCAUUAUUUUUUUGGCUAGUAUUUAGAUGUCUGAUUGUACUUAUUACUCAGCUGGCAAAAGAACUGUCAAACAAAGGAGUACUUAAAACUCAAGCAGAAAAUACUAACAAGGCUGCCAAAAAAUGUAUGGAAGAGAACAAAAAACUAAAAUGGAUCUUGAAAAGCUAUGUCAAGGAUGAGGAACAUAUGUGGGAAGCAGAAAACAAAAAGCUAGUAGAAGAACAGGAAAAACUGAAAACUGAACUAAAGAAGACAUCAGAUGGUAAUUUCGUGUGCAUGUGA